AUGUCUGCAGAGGUGAGCGACGCCAGCCAUGGGCCGACCUCCGCUCCCGCCAAGCAGAAUGUCGACGAGGCCAGCACCACCGCCGUGAAGGCCAGGGGCGGCAACUACAAAGGCUUUGUUGCGGGCGUGUUUUCAGGCAUCGCAAAGUUGAGUGUCGGACAUCCGUUCGACACCAUCAAAGUGCGACUCCAGACCUCGAACCACUCGCAGUUCAAAGGUCCUCUAGACUGCCUACUCCAGACGCUGCGCAAAGAGGGCGUCAAUGGCAUCUACAAGGGUGCCACGCCUCCAUUGAUAGGCUGGAUGUGCAUGGACAGCUUGAUGCUAGGCUCACUUACUCUUUAUCGCCGCCUGCUCAAUGAGCAUGUUUUCCAGCCGAUGCGUGCUGCGCCAAACCAUCCUGCUGUCUGGAUGAGCGAUGAUGAGCGGAAGAAGCUACCAGCAGUCGGCCAUGCCAUCGCGGGAACCCUGGCUGGUUGGACAGUCUCCGUCAUCGCCGCGCCAGUAGAGCACGUGAAAGCGCGUCUGCAGGUGCAAUAUCAGGCCACGAAGGCGCAGAGACAGUACGCUGGACCGAUCGACUGUGCACGCAGAAUAUACGCCGGGCACGGCAUCCCUGGGCUUUGGCAUGGACUUUCCGCCACGCUGAUCUUCAGGACCUUCUUUUUCGCGUGGUGGGGAACUUACGAUGUCUUUACUCGCUGGUUCCAGAAGAACACCCAUCUCAGCGCCCCAGCAGUCAACUUCUGGGCAGGUGGUCUCUCAGCACAGGUGUUCUGGCUGACAUCCUACCCUUCGGACGUUAUCAAACAGCGGAUCAUGACCGAUCCGCUCGGUCCUGAGAGAAAGUUUCUUCGGUGGAGAAAUGCGGCUAUGGCGGUAUACAAAGAGUCGGGAUGGAAAGGCUACUGGAGAGGCUUCGUACCAUGCUUUUUACGCGCUUUUCCUGCCAAUGCAAUGGCACUGGUUGCAUUCGAAGGUGUCAUGAGAGGCCUCAAUUGA